CACUAAACAUUGACUUUCCUUUGGCCGGUGCGACCGGCAUGCGGCCAGGGUGUAAACUGUGUCCCUGCUCAAGACAAUCAAAAUAUAUAACAAAAGACGCCUCGUAAUUUAGUAGUCUUCAUUCCGGAAGGUCCAGUGGUCGUCAGGGACUCUUGAAGACCACGUUCUCGAGUUUUCUGAUCGUCUUGAGAAGAAAAUUUAUCGCGUGCGACCCACAUGGCGGAACUGGAGGCGCUUGUUGAAGAGGAGGGGGGGCUGCAGGAGAAGUGUGGAGUGUUCGCCUGUGUGGCCGCCGGAGACUGGCCUACACAGCUGGACGUGGGGCAUGUUAUAUGUCUGGGACUGGUAGGAUUACAACACAGGGGACAAGAAAGUGCCGGGAUCGUCACUAGUAGAGGCAAGGAUGACGACAUCUUGGCCAGACAUAAGGGCAUGGGGAUGGUCAGCACCAUCUUCACCGACGAAACCCUCAGCAAGAUUAAAGGGAACCUGGGGAUAGGACACACCCGGUACUCCACCGCAGGGUUCUCUGAGCUUGUGAACUGCCAGCCGUUUGUGGUGGACACCAUACAUGGGAAGAUAGCCGUGGCACACAACGGGGAACUGGUCAAUGCUGGGCCAUUGAGGCAAAAAGUGAUGAAGCGAGGCGUUGGCCUGUCCACAGGUUCUGACAGUGAGGUCAUCACACAGCUCCUCUGCUCCAUCCCAUCAGACGGUGAGCCAGACGGCCCAGACUGGCAGGCGCGCAUCCGUAACGUGAUGAACGAGACGCUGAUGUCGUACUCGCUGGUCAUCAUGACGGGAGAGUGUGUGUACGCGGUGAGGGACCCCUACGGGAACAGGCCGCUGUGUAUAGGCAGGCUGAUGUCAGGGGUCAGCUAUAACAGUCCAGUUAAAAAUGGCUACGACAACGUAUCAGAGGACAUAGAAGGCUGGGUCGUGUCUUCAGAGUCCUGCUCCUUCCAGUCACUCGGAGCGGUGUACCACCGAGAAGUUGAACCCGGAGAGAUCGUCAGAGUCACCAAGAAUGGCGUAGAGUCCAUCUGUGUCGUACCCAGACCCAAUCAGGACCCUCCUGCUUUCUGUAUCUUCGAGUAUGUGUACUUCGCAAGGGCUGACUCCAUCAUGGAAGGUCAGAUGGUGUACUCAGUUCGGAUGCGCUGUGGCCGGCAGCUCGCCAGAGAAGCUCCCGUGGAGGCAGACCUGGUCAGCACCGUGCCUGAGUCUGCCACACCCGCUGCAAUGGGUUACGCUCAACAGUCUGGGAUCCCGUACGUGGAAGUCCUGAACAAGAACCGCUACGUGGGGCGGACCUUCAUCCAACCCAACAACAGGUUACGGCAGCUGGGCGUGGCUAAGAAGUUUGGUGCCUUAGCCGAAAAUUUCAAGGGGAAGAGGAUUGUUUUAAUUGACGACUCUAUCGUCAGGGGCAACACCAUCGGACCAAUCGUCAGGCUUCUCUUCAAUGCUGGAGCCAAGGAGGUCCACAUACGAGUGGCCUCCCCACCGGUCAAAAACCCCUGCUACAUGGGAAUUAACAUCCCCACUAAGGAGGAGCUGAUUGCAAACAGACUGGAAGCCGCCAAACUUGCCGAAUGUCUGGGAGCGACCAGCGUGGUGUACUUGACUGUGGAGGGCCUCACGUCCGCCGUAAGGGAAGGCAUUCAGAAUAGCAAGGACAAUGGAGUAGGACACUGUACGGCUUGUCUGACGGGAAAAUACCCAGUUGAACUGGAAUGGUAGUGCUCCAACAGCAGGGACAAUGUGGCCUUCCUAACUUUGUACACUGCCACCACUGGAGAUCUAAUAUACAUUAUGCAUCAUGACAUUCUCACUGCAACCGUCUUUAAAGCAGAAGUUAUACCUGAAUACUGAAUACAUGAAUAGGUUCAUCAGGUGUUCACCCCGCAGAUGUUUCGGUAGCUUCUCUGCUGCCUUCCUCAGUGCUUGAAUGGAUUCUUGCCAGUGCCAGCAAGGAAUAAUACCGGUCAUUGAAGCCCUGAGGGAGGUAGCUGAACUGUAGCAGUAACAGUAACAACAGUAAUGUAAAUGCCAUGCACAUGUUGCCACAUACUGAUUAUAUUUUGUAUAUCAAUGACAUCCUUUGCAAUCAAAUAAGAAAAAUCCUUCUGGCACCUCCUUUUUUUUCUUUCGACUUUUGUCAUCCUUCAAAUACUCAUAAAACAGUAUAGUUGCAAUUUUUUUUAUUUGUAAAUAGGCAAAACAAUCAAUGCACGUAUGGAUGCCAUCCACAUAGUCAAGUCAGUGUGGCCUUAGAUUGUUAUUCAAAAACCUCAGAAGAUACACCAUUUCAGGAACAUACAUGUAUCACAACACUUUGGGAGUGUAUAAACAUGUACUAGGUACUUAAGACAAAACGAUGGCUGCAGUAUGUGUUGCAUCAGCAAGUGGAGCUGAAAUGAGAUUCUAGAAUGUCAGAAAACUGAAGCUUGAAGUGUGUAAAUUUUUCUUGCCAGCUGGUCUAAGGAAUUCUGAGGAAGGGGAGGGUAGUACAACUGUAGUGAAAUUUAGUUUGUCCUCUGAUCUGGCUGGAGCUUGGUAUGAUACAAUAUAAUCCAGCUUCUGCAAUAUUGGCUCAUUUCAAUGCUAGUCUGCUAACCAUAUUGGUUCUGUACUUUACUAUGACAAAUGCAUACAAUGUAUUAGUUUUGCUGUUGCUUUUAUCCUGAUGACAGCAUGUUAGGCCUGUCAGCUUUGGUAGAGAUAGAAGUACUCUAUGUUUAUAGAAUGUGUUGUGUUUGAAUUUGUGGACUGUUCAACUAGAAUUAUCAUGUUUUUCUCUUGCGAUUUCUUUGGAUGUAAAACAAUUUGAUAUUGUGAAUGAAGGGAAAAGGCAUUGUGGUUGUUUAAAAAGGGGUUAAGGAGCUGUUGCCAGGAUAGCUGGGGGGGUGGUACAUGUAUUCCUGUACAGGACAAACCCUAUAGUGCUCUUUAGCCCUGUACUUCAUGUAAUGGCUUCAUGGUAAAUAAAUAUUUUAUACAACA